CAGCAGGGAGGAUCUUCACUCACCAAAAGCUUCUCUCUCUGUCUUCUCCUCCACAUCAGUAAGGGCUCACAGAUAUCAUGAGGGAGAUUGUCCAUAUCCAAGCUGGCCAGUGUGGCAACCAGAUCGGGACCAAGUUUUGGGAAGUGAUCAGUGAUGAGCAUGGCAUAGAUCCAGCAGGAAGCUACGUGGGUGAUUCAGCCCUACAGCUUGAGAGGAUUAACGUGUACUACAAUGAAUCAUCCUCUCAGAAGUAUGUGCCAAGGGCCGUCCUUGUGGACCUGGAACCAGGAACCAUGGACAGUGUGCGGUCUGGCCCAUUCGGACAGCUCUUUAGACCAGACAAUUUCAUUUUUGGGCAAACUGGUGCAGGUAACAACUGGGCAAAAGGACAUUACACGGAAGGAGCAGAGUUGGUAGAUUCCGUUUUGGAUGUCGUCAGGAAGGAGUGUGAACACUGUGACUGUUUGCAAGGAUUCCAGCUUACCCAUUCCCUUGGAGGAGGAACAGGAUCUGGAAUGGGGACACUGCUCAUAAGCAAGAUAAGAGAAGAAUAUCCAGACAGAAUAAUGAACACGUUCAGUGUUAUGCCUUCACCUAAAGUUUCCGACACAGUUGUUGAGCCAUACAAUGCCACCUUGUCAGUGCAUCAGCUGGUUGAAAACACAGAUGAAACUUACUGCAUUGAUAACGAAGCACUCUAUGACAUUUGCUUCCGUACCUUGAAGCUCACUACGCCCACCUAUGGAGAUUUGAACCACCUUGUUUCUGCCACAAUGAGCGGGGUUACUACAUCUCUACGCUUUCCUGGCCAGCUUAAUGCAGAUCUUCGAAAGUUAGCUGUAAAUAUGGUCCCGUUCCCACGCCUUCACUUCUUCAUGCCCGGCUUCGCCCCACUGACAGCUCGUGGAAGUCAGCAGUAUCGAGCCCUCACUGUACCUGAACUUACACAGCAGAUGUUUGAUGCCAAGAACAUGAUGGCAGCUUGUGACCCACGUCACGGACGAUAUCUUACAGUAGCAACGGUCUUCAGAGGACCAAUGUCAAUGAAGGAAGUAGAUGAACAGAUGCUGGCUGUCCAGAACAAAAACAGUAGUUACUUUGUAGAAUGGAUUCCCAACAAUGUCAAAGUGGCCGUUUGUGACAUACCACCGCGUGGCUUGAAAAUGUCCUCCACAUUCAUUGGCAACAGCACCGCAAUCCAAGAGUUAUUCAAGAGAAUCUCAGAGCAGUUCUCGGCCAUGUUCCGGAGAAAGGCUUUCCUGCAUUGGUUCACUGGAGAAGGGAUGGAUGAGAUGGAAUUCACAGAGGCAGAAAGCAAUAUGAAUGACCUAGUCUCGGAAUACCAGCAAUAUCAAGAAGCAACAGCAAAUGACGAGGAGGAAGCAUUCGAAGAGGAUGAAGAAGAAAUUAAUGAAUAAGACAAUGAAUAUAUGAUUUAAAACAACACAGUACAUCGUGCUAAACACAAGUUUUAAAUCUGAGAGCCAUAUUGUUAAAUUAUACAAUUUGAAGGCCAUUUCGGCAAACGAACUUACAUUUUUGUAGCACUAGAUGUGUGAGAAAAUUUGCACUUCUAGGACAGAUUUUGUAACACAGCACAGAUUUGGAAUUGUUUUGUAGCUACUCUUAUGACAAAUGUAUUAGUGCCUGGUAUUUUACAUUUUGCCAAACGUAUGAUGAAAAUUUGAAAGUUUUAAUAAAUACAUAUCCCUUGUUA